AUGAGUGUGUUAGCGAAGCAUAAAUACGGACUGAUCUUAUGCGAAAAUCGUCUUCCAUUCCAGAAACUUGACCAAGGACCCGAUGUCUUAUUCAUAGCACGUAACAUUGAUUCGUUUGUUGAAUCCUAUAACUACAAUCUUAAUGAACAGUUUUUUAUCGAAAAGGACAGCAAAAGUAAGCAGUUAACAGUGCUGACCGUAGAGCAUGUGGCGAAUUCGAUACGAACACAUGGAAUGGGAAUUAUGAAUACCACGGUACAUACUGUCUUGCUUUGUUAG